AUGGCAGGCCAGAACCUGAGUCUUCAGAAUCAAAGCUCAGACCUAUUCAACACCAGUAAUCUUGUCAACAAUUUCACCGACCAUGGAGAAGAGGGCAAUUCUGGGUUCUACUAUUACCUUUAUGAAAUCGUUUGGCCAAUCAUGACGUCACUAGGACUUUUGGGCAACACUUUGUCAUUCGUGGUUUUACUCAAACUGUCGAAACUAUCCUCGUUCUAUCUGUAUCUCGCCUUUCUCGCAUUAUCCGACUUUGGCUUACUGAUAAACGGGGGGAUCUUUCGCUGGCUGGAAAUGUCUGGAAUAUACCGACCUUAUAAAGGCUUUGAGAGAAUGAUGUGCUCUGAAUCGUUUGCCACAACUCUCAUAUUCUCUCAGCUAUCGUCCUGGAUAACUGUCGCCGUCACCGUUGACCGUUACAUAGCAGUCUGCCACCCUUUUGCUGUCGCCAAUUACUGCACCAGAAAGCACGCGGUGAUUUACGUCCUUGUAGCCUUUCUUGUUAUAUCGGCGCUGAAUUUACCAAACAUUUGUCUCCAGUGGGACCAUGAAACCUCGACCUGCGUAUUCCCAGGGUUCACCAAUGACUAUUGCUUUAAAUACAGAAGUUAUAUAGACCUGUUUAUGUAUAUUUUAGUUCCCUUCUGUACUAUCUGUACCGUCAACUCUUUAAUAGUACGCGGGCUCUACAGCGCAGCUGGCAGGAGGCGCUUUCUGACGGCAGGCAACAACAGCUCGUCCGCUACUACCGCUAAGAAAGAUUCCACCGCGAAAACAGUCACCACGUUGUUUACCGUUACUGCGUGCUUUCUCUUUCUAAAUAUUCCAUUCUUAGGCGUUUCUUUAUACGAAAUUGCUUACGGUUAUGGAUGGCAUUCUAUUCCAGGCACACUGGCAGAUGUGUGUUCCUUUUUGAAUCAUUCCGUAAACUUCAUCCUCUACGGUUUAUCUGGACAACGGUUUCGAUCCAUGUUUGAAGAAACUUUCGUUUGCCGACGCAUCUUGCGGAGGCGAACCACACAAUGA